CUCGGCGCCCGGCCCGCGCCCCCCUCCUCCUCGCGGCUGGCCUCCAGCCCCUCCGGGUCCCCGCCCGCUGCACCGCUCAGUUCCGCUCGGUUCAGCCUAAGAGGAAACAAAGUGCUGCGGGCGGGAGUCGGCAGCGGCUGCGCGGAUCUAUUCGCUUUCCCGCCACCCUCGCUUCGUCUUUCCCGCGCGCUCGCGUGUCGGUGAGUGCGCGUGCUUCUUCCCGGCGGGCACCGUAGGGCCGAUCGCACGGCCCGCAGUCCUCCCCCGGUGUCCGCCCGCCAGGUGUUUCUUUCGCCGCCGCCAUGGCGACCGCGACCCCCGUGCCGCCGCGGUCUGGCGGCCGCGCGGGCCCCACCACGCCGCUGAGCCCCACGCGGCUGACGCGGCUUCAGGAGAAGGAGGAGCUGCGCGAGCUCAACGACCGGCUGGCCGUGUACAUCGACAAGGUGCGCAGCCUGGAGACGGAGAACAGCGCGCUGCAGCUGCAGGUGACGGAGCGUGAGGAGGUGCGCGGCCGCGAGCUCACGGGGCUCAAGGCGUUGUACGAGACAGAGCUGGCCGACGCGCGCCGCGCGCUCGACGACACGGCUCGCGAGCGUGCCAAGCUGCAGAUCGAGCUGGGCAAGUGCAAGGCCGAGCACGACCAGCUGCUGCUCAAUUAUGCUAAGAAAGAAUCUGAUCUUAAUGGAGCCCAGAUCAAACUUCGAGAAUAUGAAGCAGCACUGAACUCUAAAGAUGCAGCUCUGGCUACUGCACUUGGUGACAAGAAAAGUUUAGAAGGAGAUCUGGAGGAUUUGAAGGGUCAGAUUGCCCAGUUGGAAGCCUCCUUAGCUGCUGCCAAAAAACAGUUAGCAGAUGAAACUUUGCUUAAAGUAGAUCUGGAGAAUCGUUGUCAAAGCCUUACUGAGGACUUGGAGUUUCGUAAAAGCAUGUACGAAGAGGAGAUUAAUGAGACCAGAAGGAAGCAUGAAACGCGUUUGGUAGAAGUGGAUUCUGGGCGUCAGAUUGAGUACGAGUACAAGCUGGCUCAGGCCCUCCACGAGAUGAGAGAGCAGCACGAUGCCCAAGUGAGGCUGUACAAGGAAGAGCUCGAGCAGACUUACCACGCUAAGCUUGAGAAUGCCAGACUGUCCUCAGAGAUGAAUACUUCUACUGUCAACAGUGCUAGAGAAGAACUGAUGGAAAGUCGUAUGAGAAUCGAGAGCCUCUCAUCUCAGCUUUCUAAUCUACAGAAAGAGUCUAGAGCAUGUCUGGAAAGGAUUCAAGAGUUGGAGGACUUACUUGCUAAAGAGAGAGACAACUCUCGCCGCAUGCUGACUGACAAAGAGAGAGAGAUGGCUGAAAUAAGGGAUCAGAUGCAGCAACAGCUGAGUGAUUAUGAACAACUUCUUGAUGUGAAACUGGCCCUGGACAUGGAAAUCAGCGCUUACAGGAAACUCUUAGAAGGAGAAGAAGAGAGGUUGAAGCUGUCUCCAAGCCCUUCUUCCCGCGUGACUGUGUCCCGCGCAUCCUCUAGUCGCAGCGUUCGCACCACUAGGGGGAAGCGGAAGAGAGUGGAUGUGGAGGAGUCAGAAGCCAGCAGUAGCGUUAGCAUCUCCCAUUCUGCCUCAGCCACCGGAAACGUGUGCAUUGAGGAGAUUGAUGUUGACGGGAAGUUUAUUCGCUUAAAGAAUACUUCUGAACAGGAUCAACCAAUGGGAGGCUGGGAGAUGAUCAGAAAAAUUGGAGACACAGCCGUGAGUUACAAAUAUACCUCAAGAUAUGUGCUAAAGGCAGGCCAGACUGUUACAAUUUGGGCUGCAAAUGCUGGUGUCACAGCCAGUCCUCCCACUGACCUCAUCUGGAAGAACCAGAACUCUUGGGGCACUGGUGAGGAUGUGAAGGUCAUAUUGAGAAAUUCUCAGGGAGAGGAAGUUGCACAAAGAAGUACCGUCUUUAAAACAACUAUACCUGAAGAGGAGGAGGAGGAGGAGGAACCGUCUGGCGUGGAUGUUGAGAAAGAACUUUUCCACCAGCAGGGAACCCCAAGAGCAUCCAACAGAAGCUGUGCGAUUAUGUGAACUUCAAGGCAGCUGUCUUCCUCAGUGUGGUAAUCCUUACUGUAUACAGUGCAGAGCCUUCUCAGAAGCACAGACUAUUUUUAUAUUUCCUUUCUGUGAAUUUUUAAGCUGCGAAUCUGAUGGCCUUAAUUUCCUUUUUGACACUGAAAGUUUUGUAAAGAAAUCAUACCCAUACACUUUGUUGCAAGAUGUGAAUUAUUGACACUGAACUUAACUGUUGUUUGGAAAGGGUUCCUCAAAUUUUUUUGGCUUUUUUUGUAAGUGUGUACGUAUUUUCUGUUUUUUAAGUUCUUACUAGAAGAGGGGUAAAUAAACCACUGUGUGUCUGGGUAUACAUUGAAGAUUGCUCCAUCCGGGUUAGCAAUCUGCUCUUGACUAUUCUCUGCUCUACAUAACGGUGCUGUGAGGGAGGGGAAGCAUUUUUCAAUAUAUUGAAUUUUUAUACUGAAUUUUUUUGUAAUAAGCAAUCAAGGUUACAAAUUUCAUUUUGUUUUUUAAAUGGAAAAAGACAUUUUGUAAGAAGGCAAUAUUAACCUAAUCCUCGUGUAAGCACUCUGGAUGAAGGACUCCGCAGUACUGUUCUAUGGUUAUUCCUCUUAGAAUCUUAAUUCCUGAGGGCGGUGGGGCUGGGCCGGGGUGGUAGGCUGAGGGACGGGUUUCUAUGGAAGUGCAUUAGUUGUGUUUUUAAAGAUAGUGUAACAUGCUUACAUUUCUUAUGUGACAUUAACAAAUAAAAUGUUCUUUUAAUAUUA